GCGUCGUUUUGCCAAAAGCCGUUUUCUAGUCAUUACAAUUAUUUACAGUUUAAUUUACAUUUUACGACUCACAAAUCAUAGGUAUUUCAUAAUAGUAAUAAUAAUAAAUAAUAACUGUUAAAUUGUUCUAUUAUUAUUUUUGUCGCAAGUUGAACGCGGUUGUUUUAGCCGUUAGCGACAAAUUAAUAACGUUUGAUCAUUUAUCGGAGUGCAACUAUGUCUAUCUUUUUAGUUGACCCGGAUGUUGUAGAAGAAAAUAAGGAUACGCAGACUGAAAAUGAUACAGAUGCUGUAACUAUAACCGUGGAAGAUGAUAAUGAUGCAACUUCUACUGAAACUGCAUUGAAUGCAUUUUGGCCCAAAGAAAAUGACGAUAUCAAAAAAAUUGAUAAACUCGAUUUAAAAACACAAUUGUUACCAUUGGCAAGAAUAAAAAAAGUAAUGAAGAUGGAUGAAAAUGUUAAGAUGAUAAGUGCUGAAGCACCUAUGCUUUUUUCAAAAGCGACAGAAAUGUUCAUUAAAGAAUUGACAUUACGUGCGUGGAUACACACAGACGAAAAUAGACGACGAACUCUACAAAAAAAUGAUAUAGCCAUGGCUAUUAGCAAGUACGAUCAGUUUGAUUUCCUCAUUGACAUAGUGCCUAGGGAAGAAGUGAAAGUAGUAACUGCCAAUAAGACCACAUUGAACCCUGAACAGGUUCAAUAUUAUUUUCAAUUAGCUCAACAACAGCAUAAUAUUAAUAAUCAAUCUACGCCAAAAGGUGAACAAACUAUACAGAUAGUGCAGUCUGUAUCCAAUCAAAUUGAAAAUGUAACUUCAAGUAUUACUACUACUAAAACCUCGACAAUCGUCUCAGACGGUCAACCACAAGUUGUGCAAUGGCAGGAAGAACCUCAGAAUGUAAAUUCAAAUGCAGGUCCAGUAUACCAGUUACUUCAGCAAGUGAUCACGCCUUCAGGAGAAAUUCAACACGUGCCUGUACAGUUAAACUCUAGUCAAAUGCAGUUGCUUCAAAUGCAAGAACCAAACUCUCCACAACCCCAACAAGUUCAAGUGAUGCAGCCACAAAUUAUAGAAGUAGCAUCUCAAGCAAAUGGACAAACGUUUUAUAUACAGCAGCAAGCUAAUCCAUCAACUAGUUCAAAAUAAAAUCUACUUAGGUACAAUUUUGUAAAAUUAUUUAGGUUUAGUAAACUAAUAGUUAUAGUUUAAAAUUUAAGUACAUUUCUAUUUUAACUUAAAUCGAGUUGAAUUUUUUUUUUAAUGAAUAACAAGCUUUUCUAAAGUAUUGUUAAAAAUUAUUUUUUACUUUCAAUCAUGAUUGCAUCCAAUUUUAGUAACUAAGUUAUCUAAGGAGUAUUAAUGCAGAGGCCGUAUUAGCCAUCUAAUUAUUAGCAAGCUAAUCAAAUGAUUGAAAAUACUUAAUGUGUGAUAGAACUUAAAUGUUUAAUUAUUAAAAAAUUGUUAGGUUUGCAAAUCCAUUUUAUUGGUUGUCUAAUGAUUGAUUAAGCAUUAGAAACUAAUUUGACCUAAGCAAUAAUUUUAUCAAUUCAAUAAAUAUUAAAGUCAUAAACUUUCUCAAAUUCAAUUACUUGCAAUUGUUUAUACACAAGUUUCGUAAUCAUAGAUGUAUUAUAUUUCCAUUAACUCUUAGUUUUGAAUUUUAAUUUGUAUACUAAGUUAUUUCAAUUGUAUCGAAAUUAUCUAAUAAGAAUAAUCACUUGUGAAUAAAGUUCUAUACUUUUGUUUAGAGUUCAGGUUACACCUAUCUUGUAAUAUUCAUACCUAAUUCGUUGAAACUAUUGUAAUAUUAUCUUUUCUAAACUGUCGUUAUGGGCUAGUCGGUACUCUCCUGUCAUUCCAACAAAUUUGUAUAUGUAUUUAUUUCAAUUAUUGUACUGACAAAAAAAAUAUCUUGCAGUAUAAAACCUGGUUACUCACUUCAGUAUCUUACCUUAUUAUUCUUAUAAGAAUAAUUUAUUUUCCAUCUAAUAUGGAAACGAUUUAUGUAACAUAAUAUUUACUAAUGAGUUAAUAUUUGAUAU